AUGUUGUUCAACACCGUCGUUUCUGCAGCCUUGUUGGCGCAAGUGUUGGCCUUGCCGGCUUUGCACCAGCACCACAAGCACGAAAAGAGGGCUGUUCACGUGGUCACCAAGACCAACAUUGUGGUGGUGACCGUUGGCCCCGACGGCCAGCCUCACACCACUGAGGCUCCUGCAGCGCCAGCGCCAGCGCCAGAGCCAACCACUGCCGACGCUCCUGCUGCUGAAGUCACCACUGCUACUACUGUUGCGCCUGACUCGGAGCAAGCCAAAGCUGCCUUGGGUAUCCAUUUCAGUGCCGCGGCCAGUGUUGGCGUCACCAUUGGUAAGCAACCGGCCCCGGCCAGCUCGUCUGCUUCGCAACCAACCAGCGCUCCUUCAGUUGGCUCCGGCGGCUCAAAAGGUAUCACCUACACCCCGUACUCUGACGAGGGCGGGUGUAAAUCCUCGUCUCAAAUUGCGUCCGAGUUGUCGCAAUUGACGGGCUACGACCUUAUCAGAUUGUACGGUACCGACUGUGACCAAGUGGCCCAAGUGUUGAAGUACAAGGCUUCCCACCAAAAAGUGUUUGCCGGAAUCUUUGACGUGAGCCAAAUCUCCUCCAACUGUCAAACCAUUGCCGAUGCCGUUAACGCCCACGGUUCAUGGAGCGACAUAGACACCGUGUCCGUUGGUAACGAGUUGGUCAACAAUGGCCAAUGCAGCCCCGACCAAAUCAAGUCCUAUGUCGACCAAACCAAGUCCGCCAUGAAGGGACACGGCUACUCGGGCCCCAUUGUUUCCGUCGACACCUUUAUCGCCGUCAUCAACAACCCUUCCUUGUGCCAGUACUCCGACUACAUUGCCGUCAAUGCCCACGCCUUCUUUGACGGCCACUACACUGCCGACCAAGCCGGCUCAUGGUUGUUGUCGCAAAUCCAAAGAGUCUCGACCGCAUGCGGAAACUCCAAGAGAGUCUUGAUCACCGAAUCCGGUUGGCCUUCAAAGGGUGACUCUAAUGGAGUUGCUGUUCCAUCGAAGCAGAACCAAGACGCUGCUAUCCAGUCGAUCAAGUCCACUUGCGGUGACGCAACCAUCUUGUUCACUGCCUUCAACGACUUGUGGAAACACGAUGGCCCUUACAAUGCUGAGAAAUACUGGGGUUUCUUAUCCAACUAA